AUGAAUAUCCAUCCACCACCUACAUCCUCAAUGCUACAUACUCCCGGAUUUGCACAUUACGGUAUCGCAUGGUCUCCGUUCCACAGCAAUCGCCUCGCUGUAGCGUCAGCAGCAAACUACGGACUCAUAGGCAAUGGCCGACUGCACCUCGUUUCUCUCGUACCGAAUCCAAAUCCCGGUCCGGCUCGACUACCGUCACUUGCUCUAGAGAAACAAUACCCGACUCAAGAUGGUCUUUAUGACGUUGUGUGGUCUGAAAUACACGAGAACCAGCUUGUGACUGCGUCUGGAGACGGAUCGUUGCGGCUUUGGGACGUUACUUUAAAUGAUCUUCCGAUACGAAUAUGGUCCGAACACACGAAGGAGGUGUAUUCUGUUGACUGGUCCAACGUGAAGAAAGACGUAUUUUGUUCAUCUUCCUGGGAUGGGACAAUUAAGCUUUGGACACCAGAUCGCGCGCACUCACUAACAACGCUCCACGCCGCCCAAGGCUGCAUUUACCAAGCUCUCUUCUCUCCACACCACCCCGACCUCCUCUCUUCCUGCUCCUCCGAUGGCGUACUCAGGAUCUUCGACCUUCGUCUCCCAUCCUCCUCGUCGUCCCUACUUAACUCAACGCCAACAUCUCUUACUCAACCAUUAACCCCUCCAGCAUUAAUGAUCCCUCCACCUCGAGGUCCCGCAGAGCUGCUGACCCUAGACUGGAACAAGUACCGCCCGCUCGUGCUCGCGAGUGGCGGGACAGAUAGGGUUGUGAGGGUUUGGGAUUGUCGGAUGCUUAAGAUUGGUGUCGGCCCUGCGCCUGGAGUUGAACAGGCUCAAACGCAAACACUCGUCGGCGGGAACUGCGAAAACGAAUUACUAGGACACGAGUAUGCUGUUCGAAAAGUCCAAUGGAGUCCGCACCGGGCAGAUGUCCUCGCCAGUGCGAGUUAUGAUAUGACUUGUCGUGUAUGGACAACGUCCUCCACACCAAACGCCCCCACACCUGCACUCACGUACAUCCAGGACGGCCACACAGAGUUCGUCGUCGGGUGUAGCUGGUCAUUAUAUGACGAAGGCCUACUGGCAAGCUGUAGUUGGGAUAGCAAGGUACUCUUAACACGUGUAUGA